AACCCUGCCUUUUAAGAACACAUAGAUGUGCAUUCCCCCCGUUUGCUCCUUUUGAAGUCGGCAGAUGUGAUGUGCACACUUGGCAACCGCUUCCAGCGCUAUCACAAAACAAUCCCGCCAGAAAGAAGCUUGCGUGGGCGGCGGCGACCGGCCGGUCUGGGCUGGGUUUUUUGCCUUUCAGGAGUUUCGUUCCUGCCCCCACAUUGCGCUCAGGCUUGAAAGAACAGAGGAAAGGAAGGGAAAAAAGGAGGAGGUGGAGAGAAAAAACCCAAACUACUCCAUAACCUGAGUCGAGUUUCCAGCCCUUUUCUCUCUCCUGCAGGGGGCACAGCGGCGGAAACCUCCCCCCCCCAAAAAAACCACCCAAACACCCUGAGCAACGGGAAGAGGCCAGAGGAAGCCUACGAAAGAACCGGCGGGCGAGCGCCACCUGUGCAGCUUUUCCAGCGGGAGCUCUAAGCAAGUGGAGGUGGAGCCGAAGCGAGCGGCAGAGGCUGGCUCAGGCUAAAGGGGCGGAGCGGGGCUGCCUGGGGGGGCGGGAGCCUUGGUGGCCGCCUGCUCCGAUGGGACCUUGAAAGGGGGAAAUCCGUGCUCGGGGCAGAGAGAAAAGCGGUGCUGUUUUCCCUUCUGGAUUUGAGAUCUUUGCCGGGUGUGUGUGGGUGGGAAGAGCAGGAUUCUUCUUACCAAGGGGGUUCAGAGCACUGGAUCGAGAAGGAGAAUGGAGCCUGUUACCAAGUGGAGCCCUAAGCAAGUAGUGGAGUGGACGAAGGGGUUGGAUGAUUGCCUGCAGCAGUAUAUACAAAAAAUUGAACGUGAGAAGAUAAAUGGUGCUCAGCUGUUACAGAUUUCUCACCAGGAUCUUGAAGAGUUGGGUAUCACCCGCAUUGGACAUCAGGAGCUCGUUUUAGAGGCUGUGGAUCUCCUCUGUGCACUGAAUUAUGGUCUUGAAACGGACAGCAUGAAGAACUUAGUUCUUAAGUUACGCGCUUCUUCCAACAAUCUGCAAAACUACAUUGGCAGCCGGAGGAAGAGUUCAAAUUAUGAUGGAAAUACCUCACGUAAACCACCUAACGAAUUCCUUACCUCAGUGGUAGAGCUCAUUGGUGCUGCUAAGGCUUUGCUGACGUGGCUGGACAGGACUCCAUUUACAGGGAUAGCUGACUUUUCUAUGACAAAGAACAAAAUCAUUCAGCUCUGCUUGGAUCUUACCACCACUGUUCAGAAGGACUGUCCUGUGACUGAAAUGGAAGAUAAAGUUCUCAGUGUAUCCAAGGUUCUAAAUGGCAUCUGUGAUAAGACAAUCCGAUCAACAACUGAUCCUUUGAUGAGCCAGGGGGCAUGUCUUGAGGAGGUUCAUUUAACCAACAUCAAACCUGGAGAAGGCCUGGGAAUGUACAUAAAAUCCACUUAUGAUGGAUUGCAUGUUGUUACUGGAACAACAGAAAAUUCUCCUGCUGAUAGGUCUCAGAAAAUUCACGCUAGCGAUGAAGUAAUCCAGGUGAAUCACCAGACUGUGGUGGGGUGGCAGCUGAAAAACCUUGUGAGGAAGCUCCGUGAGAAUCCUUCUGGAGUUACUCUACUAGUGAAGAAACGUCAUACAGGUUCUUUUAAUUUCACUCCUGCUCCACUUAAAAACCUACGGUGGAAACCACCACUUGUUCAGACCAGCUCAUCCUCAACUACCACCCAGUCACCUGAAAGCACCAUGGAGACUUCACUAAAGAAAGAGAAGCCAGCCAUUCUGGAUCUUUAUAUACCUCCACCGCCAACUAUUCCAUAUGCUCCUAGGGAUGAGAAGGGGAGUUUUGUUUGUGGAGGAGGCAAUAAACCUAAGCAACCCCUACCUCGUUCCAAAGGUGCAGAAUCUCCAAAUUCUUUCCUGGAUCAGGAAUGUAGGAGGCAAAGGUUUACAGUUACUGAUUCUGAUCCAUUGCCUGGCUAUUCCAUGGAAACAAAUAUUUUACCUGCAAAGAUGAGGGAAAAAACACAGUCGUAUGGAAAGCCUCGCCCAUUGUCCAUGCCUGCAGAUGGUAACUGGCUGGGAGCCGUAGAAACUUUCUCUAAGCCCCGAGCAAUGGGGAGAAAAGGUGAAAAUGUUCUCUGCCGGUACUUCAGCAAUGAAAGAAUCCCACCCAUUAUUGAAGAGAGUUCCCCACUUCAGCGUCAGUUUUCACGGCCUGUGGCAGAAAGGCAGUUAGUGAGAGGUGCAGACUACAUCAGGGGGAGCAGGUGCUUUGUUAACGUGGAUCUUCACAACAGUGCGACAAUCCCUUUCCAGGGGGAUGGAGCCAAAAAGCCACCUGUGACCUCCUCCACUAAAGCCUCCUCCACAGAGCCCUCCCUGCUGGUUAGUUGGAUCACGAGACUGAAGUUAUUGACUCACUGAGUUAACUGACUGGAUUGGGAUAUUUAGGAUAUUUUACUAAGUGCCUUUCUCUUCCCCUCCACCGUCAAAUGGUUCUGCAUUACCUACAGAGUUACUGAACGGUUUUACGUGUUUUUUUUAUUUUCUCCCCUGGAGAAGUUUGUUCUUUUCCCAGUGUUGCUGUUUCAGAUUCACUGGAGUUGGGGAAGAGUGUCUGUUUAAUUUUGAGGGUGGGGGUGGGAGAGAGAGAAAGAGAUCACAAAAUGUAGCAUUUUCUACCUGCCCAAGGGUGGAGGCGAAUUCAGCCCUAUGGAGAAACUGAUCGGGCUCAGGCAAUUCAGAGGUCAUUGCUGACCUGAAAUCCACAUGGCCUGUACAGAAGCAAUCGCUGCUUUGUAAUGAGGCCUGGUGGCACUUCCAUUUCCUACAAUGCACUGAUGCCAUGCAACUACUGGAUCUGCAGACUAUCUAGCGCUCAGCAAAAAAUUAAUUCCUGAUCUGCAAUCCUUAACAAGAAAGAAACAAAAGGGGAGAAUCCCCCCCCUUUUAAAAACGUGGUGGCACUGCAAGAGACUGGAGAAGACUCAACUCUUGUAAAGAAUAAAAGGCAGCUUCUUCCUGAUUCAUCACAAAAAUGAGGCUAUUCUGGCUCAUGCUCCCGCUACUAAAAUCUUAGUACAGAUUUUAGUACUAAUCUUCCCUGAAUAGCUGCAGCACUCAUCCAAUUAAGAUAUGGAUUCCUACAAUAUGCCAAGGAAAUGCAUCUCUAGUGAUAUUGGUAAAAAUGAAUAUAUCUUACUGCUUUCUUUUCUUUUUAAAGAUUAAGACUGAAUAGCUGUUAACCAAAGUAUUCUUCUGAAAAGUAACUCUGCAGGCUUCUGGAGCAUCCACAGUGGUUCAAGGUUGAACUGGUUUGGUAUUAUUUGUGCUUUAAAAACUGACUUAUGAUUAAUUACAUUUUUGUAAGGCAGUUUGCUCUUUCAACACAUUGGUGGAAAAACUGUUUGCCCUCAUUAAAUUAGUAACAUUGGGUGAGAUUUGGGGUCUUUGGAUGCAAGUAAUUUGUUUUUUUAAAAAAAACAAAUGUAGGAAAGAGUGUUUUUGUAGAGUUCCACAAAGAGCAUCUUGUUUAAAAUAAUUUAAAAGACUUUAAA